AUGUUCCUGGUCGGGCUCUCGGGUGGAAUCGCGUCGGGGAAGAGCUCGGUGGUGGCCGUGCUCCGGGAACUGGGCUGUGCCGUGAUCGAUGCCGACGUUAUUGCCAGAGAGGUGGUGCAGCCCCGCUCCAGGGCCUAUGGGCAGAUCGUGCGUCGCUUUGGCACCGAGAUCCUCUUGGAGAACGGAGAGAUAAAUCGCGAGGCUCUCGCAAACAUCAUCUUCUCCCAGCCGGAGCAGCGGCAGCUGCUGAACUCCAUCACCCACCCGGAGAUCCAGAAGGAGAUGCUCAAGCAGAUCUUGAAGUACUUUGUGCUCGGCUACCACUACGUGAUCCUCGACAUCCCUCUGCUCUUCGAGACCAACAGACUGACCAAGUUCAUGAAAUACACGGUCCUGGUUUAUUGCGACCCCGCCACGCAGCUCUCUCGGCUGAUGCAGAGGAACGUGCUGUCCCGGGCGGAGGUCCUGAGGCUGCACGCCCGCCUGGAGGAGUCUCUGCAUUUCCUCUGGGCACGGCUGGCGCUGGGCACGGCUGCAGCCGGGCUUGGAGGGCUGCUGUACCUGCUCCUCCGGCGCUUCGGCGCUUGA